UGUCGUAAAAAUCCACCCAAUCGACUACUUGGACAUUGAGAAGCCAGAAAGUGAUGACAUUGACCAUGAGGAUAUUUAUGAUCUCCUCGUUGGUUGCAAUCUCUGUGGUGUCUAUACGAUUCAACGAUGGCAGCGAUGGGCAACUGAAUCUGGACAAUGAUGUUGUCGAUGAUGACAUUCUCUCUGUCAACGACAAAGUUACGAUUCUAGCAGGCAAGUACGCUGGAUGCAGCGGUGUUGUCGAAAAGGUCUCUGGUCGAAAGAACAAAGUGAAAGUUCGGAGGAACUGUGGAGAUGGACGACGCGGUGAUGGCAAAUCAUGGUGGUACAAGCCCGGACAAGUGGAAGAAAUCAUCGAAGAUGAAGCUACAGGAGCAAAGGAAGAAGAUGCACCACAGGAGCAAGGCAUUUCACUUGUUGUGAAUGCCGAGUUUCACCGGAAGCAUUUACUCUGUGACCGAUACAAGGAUUUGCCCGCCAUCAAUCCCAGAGCCAAGCCACCGGUACUGGGAGGCCGCCCUGUGGUACGUCGAGGUCAAGAAGUCCUUUUCAAGGCUCACGGAGAUGUCGUUUCGUCCAUGACUUCAGCAGACGUUGAAGUUCUUGGUGCCAAAACUCCCAUCGGUUCCAUCAGCGCCAGGAUUCAAGGUGAGGAAAUCUAUCUGAAUUUGCCAGCUUUGGCUCCUGUCGGUGAGUACGAGUUGCGCCUCUACAAAGCAAAGAAGAUAGUGGCGACCUUCCCCUUCAUUGUUGUCUUUAACCCUUUUACUUGCUCGGACUGUCCAGAGCAUUCGGACGAGCACGAGGAGUAUGUCGCAGGUGAUGAAGGCUUGCUUUGGCAAGGUUUGUCGGAUGACCAUACAGCCAAUAUUUGGCACCAUGAGCCCUUUCGGGCAGCAAAUCUCCUGAUCAGUCUGGCGCUGCUUCAACAUUUGCCACUGGAGUUGCGAGGGGAUGUGGUGGCCGUGUCACGAUUCCUGACCAAUGCAGUUGGGGAGAAGGUCUGCUACGGGAAGUGGGGCGAUGGAAACUAUGCCACUGGCAAGCCAGCAAAGGGCUACCGAUGCAAAUCCAAGAAAUCUAUUAAGCGUCAGGCAGACAAGUGGUCACACACAUGUCAUGACCCAUUAACCUGGCAUGGAUCAUCCCCACUUCUGGAGCAACACUGGGGGCUUGUCCAAUCCGGAGCCCCUGGAACUGCAGUGCAGUAUUGCCAAUGCUUUGUUUUUUCUGGUGUCCUGACAACUAUUGGUCGAAGCCUUGGCUUGGCAACUCGCUCCGUGACAAACUUCCAGUCAGCACACGAUGUGAACUCGGACCGCGGAGUCUCAAAGUUUUUCUUUUCCACGCCAGAGGGCAUUUGGGAUCCCGUGGAUUUUCCAGAUGAACUAUGCCCAGAUUGGUGUGAGAAGUCCAAGAAAUGCGAAGGCUGUGAGACAGCGUUGCGGAGAGGCCGAGGCUUUUCUGGGAAAUGCAAAGCGUGUAUUCCCUGUGUGCCAUGUCACAGUCGUGAUGAUAGCAUUUGGUCUUUCCAUGUUUGGAAUGAGAUGUACUUCUCGCGUGGCAAGGAGACGACGAAUGGCUGGCAAACGCUGGAUGCAACUCCACAAGAACUAUCAAACGGCAAGUUCCAAAUGGGGCCUGCUUCUGUCAAAGAGGUGCAGAAUGGCACAAGUGAUUGCUAUGACACGGACUUUGUGAUUGGUGAAGUCAAUGGCGAUAUCAAGCUGUAUGUGUACAAUGUGCCGGAUCUGAAUGAGAAGACGAAAAUCCGCGCCAUGGACAAGGGAGACUUUGUUCUUCAUAACGGUGAUCCUUUGUUUCUGGGUUUUCGCUGGUACACUGAUCCGUUUGGAGAGACUUACAACAAUGUGGGCUUCAAAAUUGUCACCAAGAAACCAGGCCCUAUCGCAAGGAAGUGCGUAAAGAAUCCAGCCAAGUGUCAAAUGGAGGAGUUGGAUCUGACUCCCACGUACAAGCAGUGCCCAGAUGCUCAGGACAGGCAGAUGCCUUUUUGUGCUGCAGGCUACCAAAUCAACAAGGCAACGUGCGCAGAUCCUGGAAAGACAAUGCUGUCGCUCCUGGAGCAAAAGGAAGCUAACCUACUUGAAGACACGGCUUUCAGACAGGCCGGAAAAAUCCACGAGUUGACUGGAUCUCAUGUGAAGGAUGUGGAGGCCACAUUUGAUGAUUUAGUGCCAAAAUACGUUGAGAUCAAUCACGAUCUUCCUCUGCAAAUUACCUUCAAGAAUCGAGGCGGUGAGAAGCGCAAAGUGAACAUAGCUAUUUCAGCCAUGGGUAUGGACUACCGUGGACUGCCAGUGAUUCAUAUGGAAACACGAAGGAAGAAGUACGCAAUGAAGCUUCCAAUUGAAGGGGAGCAGACCUUGCUGCAACGCAGCGUUGUCCUUGAGCCCUACGAGAGCCAAACCUUUCAGUAUGUGGUGCCUGCAGAGAAUUUGGACGAGGAUCUCUUGGAGUCUUUGGAGGUCAACGCUGCACAGGGGAACUUCUUCCUACAAUUCCACGUCUCAGCGCAUGUAGAGGAGACGGGACAAACCUUUGCCCGUCAGCCUCGCAGGAGACUGACUGAGUCUGACUGAGUCUGAGGAUGAUAGCCUUUGACCUGUCGCAAUACUGUGCAUCACAUUUGCAAUGUUUGGUGUCAGAUCCUUCUUUAGCUGCUGGCGGUGGGCAGCGUGGCCAAAA